AUGGUCUGUCCGUUAUGCGCUCUGGAGGAGCUGGCGAGCAAAACAUUUAAGGGGCUGGAAGUCAACGUUAUACAAGCUGCAGAAGGUCGCGAACAUCACAACGCCUUCGGCCAAAGACAGGCCUCCAAAAAACGACGGAAGUCCCGCACGGCCUUCACCAACCACCAGAUCUACGAGCUGGAAAAGCGCUUUUUGUACCAGAAAUACCUGUCACCGGCCGACAGAGACCAGAUCGCACAGCAGCUGGGUCUGACCAACGCGCAGGUCAUCACCUGGUUCCAGAACCGACGGGCCAAGCUCAAGAGAGACCUGGAGGAAAUGAAGGCGGAUGUGGAGUCUCUCAAGAAAAUCCCGCCAAAGGCAUUGCAGAAACUGGUGUCCAUGGAGGACAUGGAAGACCCUCACGGUGGCUCAGGGGCCAUUUCUCCCAGCCUUUCCCCAAGAGCCUUUCCACAGUCCCCGUCCUCGUCCAGAGGCCAAACCACAGACGAGUUCUCAGAGGAGGAUGAGGAAAUCGAGGUGGACGAUUAAAAGCAGGCCCUUGUUUUCAGAGAAGGGCAUUUUUCACAACUUUUGCACGGACUCUGCAGAAGAACUUGAAAUGCAAGGAAAGUUUUGUCUCCCUUAUUUUUAAUUUAUUGAAAUGACCUCUACGUUCUGAUGUCCAGAUCGAAGACAUGGUUUAAGGAAUACACUUUCAUAAGAUCUGAGAAAUGCUUAGAGAUAAAUGGUACAGUAUCAAGACUGCAACAUGUGUAUGUACAUUUUAAGCUUUAUUUCUCGAUUUUCGAAAGAAAUUGUGCAAUUGUUUACACCAUUCAACACAUUUAUGACCGCUGUAGAAACUCUAUGCCAAAAGUGAUUUUCAAUUAAAUUCUCAGCUGAAUAGAAUUAUAUAUUUAUAAAUAAUUUCAGAAGUCAUCAGAAAGCGAAUUUAUUCAAUCUUGUUUCUACAUUGUAAUUGUCAAAACUCCGUUCCCAAAGUUUUACAUUAUAUAUCCCAGUUCCUUGCACAUUUCCUACUGGCAUUAUUAACAAAUUAUUACAAAAUUAAAAUGUAUGUCCAAAACAAUGCAAGGGCAAGGUUGUGUGUAUAUAUGACAAGUUAUGAUGCAUCUA